GGAAGUGUGGCAACGCGAGAGUGGGGGAGACAAAAUGGUAAAAAGAAAAAAGAUUCGGAGGGACAAAAGAGAAAGCAGACAAACUUUAAUCUGAUAAGAGAGAGAUGCUAACGUGGAAUCGAAUAUCCUCACGUUCACACUAUCCCAUUGGAUGAUGCACGAGGCCGCCACACGCCCCUACAUCUGGUCUUAUCUACGCCCUCCACGUGGAUCAUGAUCCAACGGUGACCACACGCCAUUUCCCUCUUAUUUAAACCCCACUUCUCCUCCUCUCUUAUCAUCAUCAUCAACAAACAAACAAUCAAUAGCAGCAGCAGCCAUAAUAACCUAAACACCUUUCCCAUUCCAAUAGAAAAGAAAACCUUAUGGCCUCCAAGGCGCUCUCUUCUUUCACGGCUAAGCCCGCUGUGUCACUGCUCCCACAUGGCGUCUCCUCCUCUGCCUCUCCGUCUGUUACGUCUCUGAGCUUCUCAAGGCAUACUGGCGGCAGAGGAGUGGUGGUUGCGUCCUCAACGGUAGACACAAACAAUAUGCCGAUGACAGGAGUGGUGUUCCAGCCGUUCGAGGAGGUGAAGAAAGCCGAUCUGGCCAUUCCAAUCACAUCUAAUGCCUCCCUCGCUCGCCAGAGGUAUGCCGACUCUUGCGAGGCUGCCAUUAACGAGCAAAUCAAUGUGGAAUACAACGUGUCGUAUGUUUACCAUUCAAUGUACGCCUACUUCGACAGAGACAACGUUGCUCUCAAGGGUCUUGCCAAAUUUUUCAAGGAAUCAAGUGAUGAAGAAAGAGAGCACGCUGAGAAGUUUAUGGAGUACCAGAACAAAAGAGGAGGAAGAGUGACACUCCACCCUAUCGUCUCCCCUAUCUCUGAUUUUGAACAUGCUGAAAAAGGAGAUGCCUUAUAUGCAAUGGAGUUGGCCCUGUCUCUGGAGAAACUGACCAACGAGAAGCUUCUAAACCUUCACAGAGUGGCAUCAGAGAACAAUGACCCACAGUUAGCUGAUUUUGUUGAGAGUGAGUUUCUUGGAGAGCAGAUUGAAGCAAUCAAGAAGAUCUCAGACUUCAUCACCCAGCUAAGGAUGGUUGGCAAAGGACACGGAGUUUGGCACUUCGACCAGAUGCUUCUGAACUAGACUGGGAAAUUCACUUUAUGCUCUGGGAGAUUAAAAGAGAAGUGAACCGAAGAAGAUUGAUUCUGUAAAAGUUUCUAGAGUACUGGAAGUUAUUAUUGGAGCAAAAUAAGAUUGUAGUAGUAAUAAUAGUAAGCUUUUGUGUGUUAAGAUGAUGUUUUUUUUGUAAUAAUUUCCUAAGUUUAAUCUAUGAAGAAGGUUUUUUUUUGUUUCAUA